UAUGGGAUUCUGUUUGGGUCAGAUGAAUGUAAUAAGUUAAGAAGUCUAUAAUGUUUAUAAAAUUGAUGAUGCUGUUACAAAAGGUUUGAUGCAAUGUAAAUUUAUAUCCGUUUUGAUUUAGCUCUAUUAACCAUAGGAGGAGGUGUAGGUUCUAUAUCAGCAUCAAUAUUAAUGGGAAUAUUUUCAAGAAGAAGGAGUCUCUAAAUAACUGAUCUUUUUGGGAUAAUGGCUAUAAUGAUAGCAUUCAUAGAUUAAAGCAAAUAUGCUCUUUUGACCUCUAGAUUCUUUGUUGGUGUUGUAUUAGGACUUAAUGGAGUUCUAGUACCUGUAUAUAUAAAUGAGAUGUCACCAAAAGAGAAGGCAGGUUUUAUGGGAACAAUGAAUCAAUUGUUUAUAACUUUAGGAAUAUUGUUUUCAUUUUUGAUGUCCUACUUUUAAGAUAUUUCAUUACCUAUUCCAUUUUACAAGAUGAUGUUAUAUUUACCUAUUAUACCCUGUAUAGUAAGAUCUAGUGCAUUGUCAACUGUGUAUAAGUAUGAAACACCUGUAUAUUGUGUUAAAUACAAUUUGAAGUAUCAAUUGAUUUAAAGCAAAGUCAGUAAUUGCAUAGAGUAUUAGAAAUGAUAUACAAAGAAAAGGGAGAAAAAAUGUAUUAACAAUUUUAAUAACAAUAAAAAUCAACAGAAUAAAGAAUCACUUUUAAUCAAUUAUUUUCAUCGAAGUAUAGAUUUCGUUUGUUUAUUGGAAUUUCUCUUGCCUCUUUAUAAUAAUUAGGAGGUAUAAAUGGUAUUAUGUUUUAUUCUUCUUCAAUAUUUGAUUAAGUAUAGAAUAUGUGUGUCAAACUUAGGUGACUGGUCAAGCAUCACAAAAAGUGUUUUAUUUAAAUUUAAUUGUUGGAUUUAUUGGAGUAUUUACAGCUUUAUUAGCAACUAUAAUAAUUGAGUAAUUUGGAAGGUAUGAUUAAAAUAAUAAUAUAAAUUAGAAAGCCUAUUUUAAAGUACGGAACUCUAUGGUGUUUUAUAAGUUUGUUAAUGUUAACAUUUGUGAUGUCAAAUAAUAUAGGGGAUACAACAUUUGGAUAAUAUUCAAUAGUGAUUUGUAUAUUCUCAUAUCUAUUUGGUUUUGGAUUCUCUUAGGGUCCAUUAUUAUUUAUAUAUUUAACUGAAAUAUUACCAGAUUUAGGAGUUAGUGCUAGUGGAUUAAUGAAUUGGAUGUCUGGAGGAUUAGUAGCCUAGAUGUUUCCAAUUAUUGCCUCAUAUGAUAUAUCUUAUUGCUUUGCCUUAUUCUCCAUAUUUAAUUUUAUAGCGUAUUAUUAUAUACGUUUAAUUAAAAAAUUAGUUACUUGAUUAUCCAAUAUAAAGUGAUUGAAACGAAAGGAUUAGAUAGAGAAACAGUGGAUAAAUAUUUUGAAAAUCAAAAGUUUGAUUACAUACCUUAUUAGGAGGCUUACCAAGAAGAAAGAUUUCGUUGAA